CCAAAAAUGAAGACAGUACCGGAAGGUGAUUGGUAUUGUGCUCGCUGCGUUAAACGUUUAGGAUUACAAAAUGAAGACGAUAAGAAAAAAGAUAAAAAGAAACGUAAAAGUACAUUUGUAGUUGAUGAAGAGGCUUGUAGUGAUAUGUCAUCAGAUUUCUUAAAUUCAAAAGAAAACGUGAAAACAAAGGAGAAGCAACUGAAUGGGGAUAAACGCACAAAAAAACGUUUGCCAACAAUCGAAAUCGAAGAAAUAAUUGAAGAGGAAGAUGAGAAUGAAAUUGAUGAAAAAGAUGAAGAUGAAGAAGUGGAGGAUGUACAGGAAUAUGAUCUAGAUGAUAGUAUAUCAACUGGAGAGGUUGAUGAGUCGAGAAAUAAAACUGUAGAGGACACUUCAAGUGAAGAGGAUGACAAUGUCUGCAUAAUUUGCUCAUAUGAUGGCGGAGAUUUGUUUUGCAAUCAAUGCAAAGAUGUUUUCCAUUUGGAAUGUGCUAACUUGAAACGACCACCACGGUAUAAUUUUUUGUGUCCCAAAUGUAAAAAUAAGGAAUCACGGAAACGAAAAGUUGUUAAUGAUAACAAUUCAACUGAUGAAGAUAGCGAAGAAAGUGAUGAAGAACCAUUAAUAAAACGAUCACGUCAGUCACGUGGUUCACUACAAAAUUCAUUGCCAAAUGGAAAUAACAAUCAGGAAAAAAGCAGUGGUCGUAGAUCACAUCGGCGAACAGGAGACAACUUGCCACUUAAUAGUUCAGCGUUAUAUGAACUAUUGGAAGGUAUAAUGAAACAUGAGUUUGCUUGGCCAUUUUUACGACCAGUUUCCCAAUCUGAGGUUCCAGAUUACUAUAAAAUUAUUAAAAAUCCUAUGGAUUUCGCUAAAGUAAAAUCUAAGCUCAACAUGGGAAAAUACCAGAUAAAUGAAGAAGUUAUGAAUGAUAUACAACUAAUUUUUAACAAUUGCGAUCAGUACAAUGUAAAAGGAAACGAAAUCUAUCAAGCUGGCUUCGAUUUGGAGAAAUAUGUCAUCGAAAGAUGUAGAGAAUUGCAUUUGCCAUUCAAGUCAAGCGAUAUGAAUGAAUAAAUUAUAGAAUAGUUAUGUCGAUAACAUAUGAUGAUUCACACCGCUUCAACUUAAUAUAGAAUUUUAUUUUGUAAAUUUAGUUUAACAUUACAAUAAGUCUUGUCUUUAGUUAUUACUCAUACUUUAUUUUUAAAUCCUAUAAAUUCUUUAUUAUAAAUUACCUGUUAAUGCUUGCUAAAUGUACGUAAACUUAGAACGAAAUUGUUGUCCAGUUUGUAAUUUGUGGAUAUAAAAUGUAUUUUGCUAUUAUGUUUAAUAUCAACAUUUUUAAUUCAACUUUAUUUUAAUGUAAACUCUUUUUACUCAGUUUUACAUAUAGUUUUAGGAACAAAAUUGUUUCUUA